AUGACGAGUGUGGCCUCGCCCAUUGCUGCUGUCGGCCGCGCUGCGGCAACCCGGCAGGUGGUCGCCGCCGCCACUGCGUCAGUGAGCGCGCCCGCCGCGCCGUCAACCAGCGCCAAGGCCACCGAGCAGAAGCCCACCGUCAUCAUCACUGGCGCCUCCAGUGGCCUCGGCCUCAACGCAGCAGCCGCCCUGGCCAAGAGCGGCGAGUGGCAUGUUGUCAUGGCUUGCCGCGACUUCAGCAAGGCUGUGUCCGCCGCCAAGCGCCUGGGCUUCCCCUCCGGCUCCUACACCGUGAUGCACCUCGACCUCGCCAGCCUCGACAGCGUGCGCCAGUUCGUGGAUGCCUUCCGUGCCAGCGGCCGCCGCAUCGACUCUCUCGUGUGCAAUGCGGCGGUCUACCUGCCCACUGCCAAGGAGCCGCGCUUCACUGCUGACGGCUUUGAGGUGUCAGUGGGCACCAACCACCUGGGCCACUUCCUGCUGGCCAACUUGCUCCUCCAGGACCUGGAGGCCUCGCCCGCGGCCAACCCCCGCAUGGUCAUUGUGGGGUCCAUCACGGGCAACACCAACACCAUGGCGGGCAACGUGCCGCCCAAGGCUGACUUGGGGGAUCUUUCGGGCCUGGCUAACGGUGCCGUCAUGAUUGACGGCAAGGAGUUUGACGGCGCUAAGGCCUACAAGGACUCCAAGGUCUGCAACAUGCUCACCAUGCGCGAAUUCACGCGGCGCUACGCCGGCAAGAGCAAGGUCCAGUUCGCGUCGCUGUACCCCGGCUGCAUCGCCGAGACCGGCCUUUUCCGCGAGCACUACGACGCUUUCAAGACGCUGUUCCCGCUGUUCCAGAAGUACGUGACUAAGGGCUACGUCAGCGAGGAGGAGGCCGGCAAGCGCCUGGCGCAGGUGGUGUCCGACCCGGCUCUCAACAAGAACGGCGUCUACUGGAGCUGGUCCAACACCAAGGGCGCGUUUGAGAACCAGGUGUCAGAGGAGGUGGCGGAUGACGGCAAGGCUGUGAAGCUCUGGGAGGUCAGCGAGAAGCUGGUCGGCCUCGCGUAG